AUGUCUUUAGGCUUCGGAACUUGUGUUAAAUCAGGAAACGAACAUAUCAAUGCACGCUUCUCCAAGACAUAUGAACAAAUUGAAUUGUUAUUAUCUCAAUCAAAACCUCAACCAAUAUCAUUAUGUGCAAAAGCCGCUGCUAUCGAAGCUUACGAUCAUUUGAGGUGCCAUCAUUAUAUUCCUGAAGCAGAACAAUUAGUUAAUUUACUAGCUAGACCACAUAUUAAAUCUCUAUUACUUUGUCAUGAUGGAAUAGCGAAUAAAGCUUAUGGACCAGUUCUACCACAGAUAUCAACAGAGGUAGAUGAGGACGAUGUAAGCGUAAAAAUUGUAAAUUUAAUCAAAAAUCAUGAACCACUUGGAGUUACUAUUAAAAUUAAUGAAAGAAAUGGAGCUGUUCUAGUUGCACGUGUUAUGCAUGGUGGAGCUGCUGAUCGUACAGAUGCUAUUGAUGUCGGGGAUGAGAUUCAAGAAAUUAAUGGUAUCACUGUACACGGACGAGACCCUAUGGAAGUUAUACGAAUGUUGACAACUAUAUCUGGCGACGUGAAAUUGAAACUGAUUCCAUCUAUCACAAAAAAACAGCAAACAGAAAAAAAUCAAGUACAUGUUCGAGCUUUAUUCUCAUAUAGUCCAGGCUCCGAUUCAUUAACUCCAUGUCCAGAAGCUGGUUUGGCGUUUUUAAAAGGUGAAAUUCUGCGUAUAGUCAAUUCAGAAGAUCCAAAUUGGUGGCAAGCUGUAAAAAUUGAAUUUCCACUUAGUGGGAUUGUUCCUUUUGUGUUGGGUAAUAAUUUAACUCAACCAAGUUUAGGUAGAGCUGGCUUAAUACCAAGCAAAAUGAUGCGAGAAUGGAAAAUUCAAUAUCACUACAAUGCACUGCAUACCACUGGUGGACAAGAUAUACAAAUUAGUGAUUCUCUUUCGUAUGAAGAGGUAGAACGUUAUUUCCCCGAAGAAGGUUGUUAUCGACCAAUUGUUUUAGUAGGACCAAGUGGUGUAGGCAAGUCAGAAUUAAUUCGUCAAUUAAUUAGUACAGAUCCUGAUCAUUUUCGUGAACCAAUCAGAAUAACCACACAAGAACCGAAAUCUGAAGAAGUGCAUGGCGUUGAUUAUUUAUUUGUAACUAAAGAAGAAUUCAAUACAUUCAUGGAAGCUGAUAGCCUUAUAGAUCCUAGUGAAGUGUCAAAAAAUUAUAUGACAGGAUUGUGUUUGGAUGCAGUAUUAGAAAUUAUUCAGGCUGGUCAAGUGGCUAUUUUCGAAGCAGAUUAUCGUAAUUUAGUAUCACUUAGGACAUCGACAUUGAAACCGUUCAUAAUUUUUGUUAAGCCACCAACAUUCGAUGUUUUACUAGAAACACGACAAUUAUAUAAUCCUAAAAGUAGUAAUCAUAAUGUAUCAACAAUAUAUGACACUUCGAAUGUGGAAUUAUCACCAACACAUUCUGUACCAACCACACCACAUUUGAAUAAUCGUACUGCUGGUGGUUGUUUUACACCUGUAAGAAACUGUCAACAAUGGAGAAAAAUCUCCGGUGAAUUAGGACAGGAGAAAAAUGCAAUGUUCUCAGCGCCAUCAUUGUCAGCUUCAUCAUCUUUGGACAAUAUAAUGGCUAUGGAAAUGCAGAAGAAAAUGUCUUUGACAGAAACCCAGUUUCAUGAAAUGAUUCAAACUGCCUCUCGUCUAGAAGUAACACACGGUCAUUUAUGGGAUUUUGUUUUAAUCAAUGAUGACUUGCCAGUGGCCUUGGAACAGUUGUCUGAAAUAGCUUAUCGUAUUGAAACAGAAGCGUUUUGGAUACCGAAAAUUUGGUUGAAUUCAACAAGUAAUGAAUUAAAUGCAGAGAAUAGUCGGUCUUAUGUAGAUGCCUCAGUGAGCACAGUGACUACAACUGCUGUCCAGUAA